GUGUUUCCUAGAUACAGUAGUGUUAUAUUAUUGUUAACACUGUUUUUGGAAAACGUCGUACUGAAAUGGCAGAAGCAAUUAAGGACAGCAUUGAAUCUAUAUUUGAAGAAAUUGGAGCAGCACAAGCGCAUUGUGACGUCCGAAUAUUUUGCUUUAGUGAUGAAGAUCAGUGGAUUGCAUAUACGAGCAAGGAAUAUAAAAUGGCUGGCAUUUUAGACUGUAAACAUACAUUUAGCUUCACUUGGCAUGAUAAACAAAAUAGCAAAACUGACCUACCGAAUACUGUUUGUAUGCAUAUAAGAAAAUCAAAAGAAACCGACAAAAGCAAGAAUUCAGUUAAGGAAUUUUGGGAAGGCAAUGUUCCAUAUACCAGCAGUAAAAGUGGUCUAGUAGCAACUUUGCUGACCGAUACCUUUCGCCCUACACCCGAGUUACAAAAAGGUUUUGCUUACCAUAUUAAGUUAUCAGAUACAAAGCACUUCACGAUCAGGGGCCACGAGAAAAACUUUAAAGUUCAGUAUCGUAUAAUCGAGGAAAACGUUAAUAACCUCAAAAAGAUUUGUAAACAAAAGGUUGAAUCUUGUACAAAUUUACAAAGUCAAUUCAAAUCUGGCUUUAAACAUAUUCAAUCAGCUUUGGAAGAAAUGGGAAAACAUGUGGGGAGUAGUAAAAUCUCAAACAGCGCGAAAGGCAAUGUCGCUCGCGUAUAUCUUGACACACAACUCAAGUUAGAAGAAGACAUAAUAAGUCACAGUAAACGACUUCUGUGGUCUUCUCCGUUUUUCAAUGUCAAAGCAAAAAAAAUAAAAGUACUGUUUAUUCUGAAAGUCAUUAAGAAAUUUAUUAAAAUGUUAGAAUUGGUGCCAGAAAUGGAGAAAGCGAUGAAAUCUAAUCUGCAAGAGCUGAACUACUGCUAUGAGCAUUUAAAUAUCAACGAAAAAUACCAGAAAUUGAGCGACGCAUGGAGUUCAGUUAAUAUACGAUGCACGCAUUCCAGUGGUGAACUACAGCAAAUUAUCGUGAUGUUAUUCAACAAAUGUUUUUUGGAAGCUGCUAAGGAUACAAAUCAACUGGAAGCUGCUGAGGAUACAAAUCAACUGGAAGCUGCUGAGGAUACAAAACAGCUGGAAGCUGCUGAGGAUACAAAACAACUGGAAGCUGCUGAGGAUACAAAUCAACUGGAAGCUGCUGAGGAUACAAAUCAACUGGAAGCUGCUGAGGAUACAAAACAGCUGGAAGCUGCUGAGGAUACAAAUCAACUGGAAGCUGCUGAGGAUACAAAUCAACUGGAAGCUGCUGAGGAUACAAAACAGCUGGAAGCUGCAAUUGUUUAUGCGACCGCACUGGAGCAGUUUCACGUGGCUUCUGAUGCAACCACAGUCCGUGUAAAUGAAAUAAAAUAUAACGAGUCCCACGAAAAAGAAAGGGUAAUGUACGAUAAACAACUGUACCUUGUUAUUACUUCAUCUAUAAUGAGUCUUUGUCAGUCAAAUCGUACGGAAUGCGAAGAAUUUCUGAGGUUGCUAUAUUUUGCUGCGCAUCAUUGGAAUGUCCGACGAUCGUUUGGACCAACACAAGAGAAAUCUAAACACCGCACUUGUUUAAAAUCACUUAUGCAUUUUCUCCAGAACACAAACAGAGUUGUUGAACGGUUAAAAUCAAGUUCAAAAACCGAGCUCCGCACGCAGCAGCUAAACGAGUUAUAUGAGAACAUCAUAUCUUUGGGAGGUGAGCUGAAAGAAACAGAAAAAAAAUUUCAAGAUAUAUUAUCGCAGUUAAAACCAGUUAAACCUAUUGACAAUAGGAACGCUAUGAUCACAAAUUUGGAAGCACAAAUAAUUGUCUCUGAUAAUAAACUAUUGCCCUCUGAAAUCCAGGAAAAAGUAAAAGAAUUCGUUAAAGCUCAAAAAAACACUACAGAACGCAUUGAUUCAUGUCGAGCAAAGCUGGAAAGGGUUGUUAUAUCAUGCAACGGUAAACAUACAGGAAAAUAUGAGACCUUGGUGUCCGAUUCGGUAAAUAUCUUAAGAUGCUUUCUUUCUACACAAGACUACACUGAUGAACAGAAGAAAAAUAUAACCGAAUUUAUAAAUCAGUACAAGAGCGAUGGUACUGGUAUAAGGAACAUAAACAUACAAAAAGCUAAUAAUGCCACCAAACAGGCAAUAGACCAGUUAAACAACAUAGAUUUCAUGAAAGAAUAUGAAGUUGGCAUAUCAGAAGCUGCAUUGGUACACUUGCGUAAUGCAGUUGCCACACUGAAUCCAGAUGCUCUCCAAGCUGUACUUGGUAGAUUAGAAUUAAUUGUUCCGGGACUUUGUGGUGAAACCGAGAAGGCACCGGAAGAUAAAACGGAAAAAGUCACUUGUACGGAGUUGCUCGAUGAUUUAGGAACACUUGAUCAAAAUGCUGACGUUACGGUGGACGAAAAUGUCUGUAUAUUUAAUCGAACAUACGAACAACUACAGAAAAUGGCUAUGGAAAAGGACAUGGACAAGUUAAAAGAAGCUAGCAAACAUUUUAGUCUGGAUUUGGUCAGACGACAAUGGGGGCAUACUCAAUCCCCUACCCAGGGUUGCCCGUUUUAUUUCUCUUUCUAUUGCUGGAAUGGAGACCCUAUAUUUGAAGAUCCAUACUAUACAGCUAAUGAAACCCAUAUUCCAUGUCCUCAAAUGUGCUAGGAUCUAAUUUGAGUAGCUACAACCUCAUGCUCGCCCAGAUUUAAAUGCAACAUAGUAAGGAAAUGCUUAAUUGUAAUACUAAAUCAUACAACAUGUUUGUCAGCAUUUUGAGUCCGUGAUUUUGCGUCGUUUUUGCAAGUUCAAAUUACUUAAACCAAUAUUUUGUGUUAAGUAAAUGUAACUAAAUAAAUUAACAUUUUAGCAAUUUACUAUAGCUGUAUAUUUAAAAAAAUGUUUAUUUUAGAUCCUGUAAAUAAAGAAAACUUCAAUACA